AGAGAGCAUCAGUCCGGCAAUCAAUUGCCAAACGUCUUUGAAUCGUCGAACAGCCGCAUCAGAAGAAGCAAGAUACGAUGUCGCUCGUCCCAAGCUGGUUCGGCGGCCGCCGCAGCAACGUCUUCGACCCUUUCUCCACCGACCUCUGGGACCCAUUCAAGGACUUCCCUUUCCCUUCCUCGUCCCUCUCCGCCUCUGACUUCCCUCAGACUUUCAGGGAGAACGCCGCUUUCGUGAACGCGAGGAUCGACUGGAAGGAGACCCCGGAAGCUCACGUGUUCAAGGCGGAUCUCCCCGGGCUCAAGAAAGAGGAGGUCAAGGUGGAGAUCGAAGACGACCGGGUGCUCCAGAUAAGCGGGGAGAGGAACGUGGAGAAGGAGGACAAGAACGACAGGUGGCACCGGGUGGAGAGGGGCAGCGGGAGGUUCAUGAGGAGGUUCAGGUUGCCCGAGAACGCGAGGACGGAUCAGGUGAAGGCGUCGAUGGAGAACGGGGUGCUCACCGUAGCUGUCCCCAAGGUGGAGGAGAAGAAGCCUGAGGUCAAGGCCAUUGACAUCUCUGGUUGAAUUCAGCUCCUUGUGUUUGCAGGAAUGGGCGGUUUUCUGUCCGAUAACGUCCGGCUCUCUGCGGACAAGUAUAAUUUUGGAUCUUUCCUUCUUUCGUGAUGGUGUCAUGCAAGUAACCGUAGAGGUGUUCGUGUGACUGCGUAACCAAUGUGUCAUCUAUCUUCUGAUGUUAUAUUGUAUUUUGGUCGGGCCACGGUGUGGCGCUUGAAUAUGAAUAAUCUUUGAUGAGUUUGGCAGCA